AUGGCGUUCACUUUCCUCAACGAUUCCUGGAGCAAGACUUUGUGGAGACGGUCAAAGCUGCUAGGGAUGCUCUGGGCGAGGGCAGCUGGAGCAGGAGUAGACUACGUUCUACUUGGCACCAUCUUUCGGACAGAUUCUCAUCCGGAAAAGGUGGAGGUGGAGGGCUUGAAGCUUAUCCAAGAGGCUCGCGAGUCUUUUCCCCGCCUCAACCUGAUUGGUAUAGGAGGCAUCAACGACAGGAACUGCGAUCAAGUGAUGAGAUCGGGAGCCAACGGCGUUGCCGUCAUCAGCUACAUCUUUGACGCUGCAGAUGCCGCCUCGGCUGUCAGGGACAUGAAAGCACGAAUGUUGGAGGGAGAGAUAGAGAGAGAGAAGAGGUCUUCAAGGUAG